UGUUGCUGAAGCAGGUUCAUUUUCAGGAGUUGUGGGUACAAGUUAUCUGAUAAACGGUGUUUCUUUGCAGAGUCGACUAUGUUGUUCUAACAAGCAUGGAUAGAGAUGACAUACCUGAUGGUGCAAGUUUCCAUUUUGCUGAGACAAUGGAUGAGGUGCUGUCAGGGGUGGCUGAUACCAUAAAGAACUUUGCGGUGAUCUACCUUGUUGACACCACGGAGGUUUCCGACUUCAACACCAUGUACGAGCUGUACGACCCGUCGAAGGUGAUGUUCUUCUUCCGCAACAAGCACAUCAAUAAGGGGCGUGGUCUGGUGAUUGUUCCCAAGGAUUACUCCACCAAAUACCGUUACUGA